AAGCUGCUGAUGUGCAUGUGAAGGAAGGAGUUGAGGACGGUGGUUCUGGUUUCAAGUUCCGACCGCAUCGCCGUCACCGUCAUAACUUCACUAUUAAAUCUUCCAAAAAAAAGAACUCUCUGCCUGACAUCGCCGAUUCCUCUAUAUUCCCGAAGCAGAUAGAGUAACUCAAAAGAAUAUUUGUAAGAUAUGAUUAUGGGCCAGGAAGAAGCCGACCGGAGAAUAUCGCCGUCGAAGGAGUUCAGAGGAAGAGAGGAGUUCCGCUCGACCAUUUUCCAUGCAAUCUUAGCUCUCACUUUAUGCCUCGGACCCAUCUAUUUCAACGUCUUCUUAGUCCUUAUCUCGCUGUUCUUCCUCCCUCUUUCCAAGUCCCUUGUGGUGAUUGGAUUGCUUUUGGUUUUCAUGCUCAUUCCUAUCAACCCUUAUAGCAAAUAUGGCAGGCAAUUGGCCAGGUUUAUUUGUACGAAUGUUUAUAGUUAUUUUCCCGUCACUCUCCAUGUUGAGGAUAUACAUGCCUUCCGUCCUGAUCAAGCUUAUGUUUUUGGUUAUGAGCCGCAUUCGGUUUUGCCAAUUGGCAUUGCUGCACUUUCUGAUUUAACUGGUUUCAUGCCUCUGCUGAAAAUAAAGGUCCUUGCAAGUAGUGCUAUCUUCCACACACCAUUUAUGAGGCACAUCUGGACAUGGUUGGGUCUCACACCAGCGACAAAGAAAAAUUUUAUAUCCCUCUUGGCUGCUGGUUAUAGUUGCAUCCUAGUGCCUGGUGGGGUGCAAGAGAUAUUUUACAUGGAGCAUGGUGAUGAGGUUUUGGCAAUGAGUAUACUUCCCCAAUUCAGAGCUAGAUAUCUCACUAUAACUUUUGAAGUCAGCAGCUAAAAUGUUGUUAGAGUUAAUUGCUGAAUAGGAAGUGUCAUGGGAUCUUUCUUUUUUUAGUUCUUUGUAGAAGUUCCACAGGAUUCCGUUCAUUCUCUAGUGGAUUCUAUAAAAUAUGGAGAAGACAGCAGAGUUAUUAAAGGUUAUUAGUUAUUAGCCAGUUGUAGUCCCUCCAAAUUACAAUGUCUAUAAUCAAGGUGCUCUGGGUGCAGUCUUUUUGGUAGGAAGAAGAUUUUUGGAUAAAGACUCUUUUUCUCACACGUGAAUACAUUUUUCAUGAAAAAUUUUCUUGUAGAUAAUUUAAUUCUUGGAAGGUGGGAAAUAUACAGACAUGGUCCUUACUGUUGCUUCUAUGCUGGCUUCUUUUAGUCAAAUAAUCUUUCUGUGACAUCAUAUUUUCCUUGAUAUUCUUAUACAUGAACACUGAAAAAAGAAUUUAUUUUCUCUCUACCUAUGACUAGAUUGGCAAUUUAGCAACAAAUUUCUUCUUUUACAGACUGUUUUCGUUAGGACACGAAAAGGAUUUGUCCGCAUAGCCAUGGAAAUGGGCCUCCCCCUAGUUCCAGUUUACUGUUUUGGUCAGUCAAAUGUCUUCAAGUGGUGGAAACCUGGUGGGGAGCUUUAUCUGAAAUUUUGCAGAGCUAUCAAGUUCACUCCCAUUUUCUUUUGGGGAAUUUUCGGAUCUCCCUUACCCUACCAGCGUCCAAUGCAUGUAGUUGUGGGUAAACCAAUAGAAUUGAAGAAAAAUCCCCAACCUACCAUGGAAGAGGUCAGUGAAGUACACAGCCAGUUUGUUCAGGCACUUCAAGAUCUAUUCGAAAAGCACAAAGCUCGGGUUGGACAUGCUGAUAUUCAAUUGAAAGUUCUUUGAUUUGAAAACAAUGUUCUGUAAUUGUCCCUAAAUUGUCAUUGAACAUGGUACAAGGAAUAUAUAAGAAUAGCCUCUGUGAAUGGCAAAUUCUUUGAUUUAAUUCAAGAAAUCUGUUUACUCACAAUGUUGAGGUCAUGGAAUAAAAAAUGCAUAAUUUC